CUUCUUUUAACAUGUAUUCAGCUCAUGGUCCAAGUAGGUUCUGUAAGGCUGAGAAAUGGGAUAUGGAUGCAUGUUUAUAAAGUUUAACGUCGUGUCGAUCAGGUGCAGAACUUUGAUAUUGUAGCACGGUCACGUUCCAGGAAUUGUAGUUAAACUUUAACACUUCCUCAUUUUGUCUCCAGUUAAACCCCAUCUUCGGGAAAAGCUGGACGGGAGCGUCAGGACAAAGACCACGAGAGUGCCUGUGUUCGACAGUGGCAUGGCAUUAUUUAAGUACUAAAAAUUCAAAAACAUUCGAGAUACAUACCCCAUUCUUGCCUUGAAGACGUGGGAGCGGAACCUUGAUUGGCCGGAAAGCAUUCCUUCCAUUAGAAGUGGUAGGUGUGUGGUAUGAUUGGAGUUUGUAGGAGAAUGGGGUAUCGAGGCAGCAAACGAAGGAACAAGAGGUAUAUAAACUUAAGGUUCCUUCCUCAUAAGCAUUUGAUGGAUUGAUAAGUUUUUAUUUAGAUUGUGAUUCCCUGCGGACUGUCAGCAAUUGGCAUUUUUAUUCUGGAAUUUGUUUUCGUCACAAUGUAUAUUUUUGGCACAGCGUUUUAGCGCUCGACUCGUCAUGGUAAUUUAUGGUAGCAAAAGAGGAAGGUCGAUGCCCCCAAACUCAAUCGAUCCAUUUUGCAUCGCCGGUAACAAUUGCCACGCGAUUCAUCCUUUAAAAUCUUACCUGGAAGCAAUUUGGAAGCAAAUUAUGGUCAGACAGCAAGGGGUUUAUUACGGCAGAUCAUUAAGGCAAACGGCAUUGGCGUCCCGACGUAGUGUCGACUUCAAAUCGGGAAUCAUACGACAUGAAGGCGCUUAGAGUUCAGGACGUAAACUAUGCCCACAUGUCGUGCUUUGGUCUCGAAAAGGAGGUAAUGUCAAAGAUAUCUAAAGAUCAGGGCUGGAUGUUCAGUGAAGUUGGAAGGCAGCCUCGAGACAGCUCGAGGCAGUCAACAUCAAUCAUCAUUACGCCCCACCGGAAUAACAUCGGAGAUCUUACCAUUAAGGUUCUCAAAGGCCCAGGUAUCGAUCCUUCCGUCUAUGGCUGUGGUAAUACCAUGGAAAUGGAUCUCGUCUUCCGCACGUGGCGUUUUCAUGGCUGGUGGGCUAAAGAUGGGUAUCCGUUGGGAAAUUAUUGA